AUGGAUUAUCUGACCAUUGAAGUUGAGGAAAAUGCUGUGACUACAGAAGAUGCUUCUUUGUCCCCAGAGCAGAGCACAGAAGGAAUGGAGCCUCCUGGAGAGCCUCUUCCUGUUGAGUUCCAGGAAUUGACAACAGUCAAGGAUGAGGAAAUGGACUUUACCUGUGUGGAGGAGGAACAGAUAAAUUCUGCCCGAAGGUACAUGGGCAUGGAUAUGAAGGUGGAGAAUUGUGGGAACCUGGUAUUUUGGGAUUCUGAAUCUACACCUGAAACUAAAGUGUCCCUUUCAAUGCAGGAAGUUUCUGAAGGAGUAUCAUCAGAAAGGGAGCUGAUAAUAGAAAGACUUAUAAAGGAUGAUUCCUGGGACUCCAGAUGGAUAGAAACCUGGGAAUAUGGAGGCAUGUUAGAAAGGCAGCAAGGAAAUCAGAAGAAAGAUUUAAGGCAAGUCAUAAUUAGGCACAAGAGAAACCCUAUGGAGGAUUGUACUGAAAUAGGGGCAAGUUCAAACCCAAUUAAACAUCUGAACAUUUGCUCAGUGAAAAAGCCUUGGAAAUGCAGUGAGUGUGACAAGUCCUUCAGCUACUACUCAGCUUUUAUCCUCCAUCAGAGGAUUCACACAGGAGAGAAGCCCUAUGUAUGUACUGAAUGUGGAAAGGCCUUCACCCGGAGCUCAUCCCUUAUCCAGCAUCAGAGAGUCCACACUGGAGAGAAACCCUAUGAGUGUAAUGAAUGUGGGAAAGCUUUCAGUCACCGAUCAGCCCUUAUUCAACAUCAUAUCAUUCAUACUGGAGAAAAGCCCUAUGACUGCAGUGAAUGUGGAAAGGCCUUCAACCAGAGCACGUACCUCAUCCAGCACCAUAGAAUACACACUGGAGAGAAACCCCAUAAAUGUAAAGAGUCAGGCCUUACGCAACAUCAGAGAACUCAUACAGGGGAGAAGCCCUACGAAUGUAGUGAAUGUGGGAAGGCUUUCAGUUACUGUUCAGCUCUUAUUCAACAUCAAGGAACCCACACUGGGGAGAAACCUUACAAAUGUCAUGACUGUGGGAAAGCCUUCAGUGACCGCUCAGCUCUCAUAAGACAUCAGAGAAUUCAUACUGGAGAGAAACCUUACAAAUGUAAUGACUGCGGGAAGUUCUUCCUGCAAGCCUCCAACUUCAUCCAGCACCGGCGAAUCCACACGGGUGAGAAGCCCUUCAAGUGUGGCGAGUGUGGGAAGAGCUACAACCAGCGCGUGCACCUCACCCAGCACCAGCGUGUCCACACCGGCGAGAAGCCCUACACGUGCCAGGUGUGCGGCAAGGCCUUCCGCGUCAGCUCCCACCUCGUCCAGCAUCACAGCGUGCACAGCGGCGAGCGGCCCUACGGCUGCCCCGAGUGCGGGAAGAGCUUCGGGCGCCACUCGCACCUGAUCGAGCACCUCAAGCGCCACUUCAGAGAGAAACCCCAUAAAUGUAAUGAAUGCGGGAAGAGCUUUAUUCAGAGCGCACAUCUGAUCCAGCAUCAGCGGAUACACACCGGGGAGAAACCGUUCAGGUGCGACGAGUGUGGGAAAAGCUACAAUCAGCGUGUGCACCUGACUCAGCAUCAGCGGGUGCACACGGGGGAGAAGCCUUACGCCUGCGCCUUGUGUGGGAAAGCUUUCCGGGUGAGGUCUCACCUGGUCCAGCACCAGAGCGUGCACAGCGGGGAGAGGCCCUUUAAGUGUAACGAGUGUGGGAAGGGCUUUGGGAGACGGUCACACCUUGCUGGGCAUCUGCGGCUUCACUCGAGAGAGAAGUCCCACCAGUGUCAUGAAUGCGGAGAAGUCUUUUUUCAGUACGUUAGCCUCAUUGAACACCAGAGGAUCCACACUGGUGAGAAACCCUUUCAGUGUAAAGAAUGCGGCAUGAGUUUCAGUUGGAGUUCCCUUUCUAGACAUCAGAGAAUUCAUACUAGAGAGAAACCCUACAAAUGUAAAGAAUGUGAAAAGUCUUUCAGUCAGAGUUCAAGUCUUAGUCGACAUAAAAGAAUACACACUAGAGAAAAACCCUAUAAAUGUGAAGCAUCUGAUAAAUCCUGUGAGGCGCGGAAUGCAUACCUUACUCAGCAUAAGAAAAUCCACAUGCAAGAGAAGCCUUACAAGUGUCAUGAAUGUGGAAAAGCCUUUGGCCAUAGUUCAAAUCUGUCUCAGCAUCAAAGAAUUCAUACUGAGGAGAAACCCUAUGAAUGUGAUGAGUGUGGGAGGGCCUUCCGGCGCAGCUCACACCUCAUCCAGCAUCGGGUCACCCACACGGGAGAGAUGUCUUACGUGUGUAACGAGUGCGGAAAAGCCUUUGGCCGGAGCUCAAGUCUCCUCCGACAUCAAAGAAUCCACUCUAGGGAGAAACCCUAUGAAUGUACUGAAUGCGGAAAGGCCUUUAGCCAGAGCUCACAUCUAACAGAACAUCAGCGAGUUCACACCAGAGAGAGACCCUACGAGUGCAGCGACUGUGGGAAAGCUUACAGUCGGAACUCACACCUUGUUGAACAUCAGAGAGUCCAUACAGGAGAGACUCCUUAUGGCUGUAAUGAGUGUGGGAAAUCUUUCAGUAGGAGUUCACUCUUUUUCAAACAUCACAGGAUUCACACUGGAGAAAGACCCUAUGACUGCGGGGAGUGCGGCAAGGGCUUUGCGCUGCGCGAGUACCUGCUGAAGCACCAGCGGACGCACCUGGGCCGGCGGCCGCACGUGUGCGGUGAGUGCUGGAAGACCUUCAGCCAGCGCCACCACCUCGCGGUCCACCAGCGCAGCCACACAGGCGAGAAGCCCUUCCAGUGCGCGGACUGCUGGAGGAGCUUCAGCCGCCGGCAGCACCUGCAGGUGCACCGCCGGACACACACUGGCGAGAAGCCUUACACCUGCGAGUGUGGCAAGCGCUUCAGCAGGAACGCCAACCUGGCGGUGCACCGGCGGACCCACACUGGCGAGAAGCCCUAUGGCUGCCAGGUGUGCGGGAAGCGCUUCAGCAAGGGGGAGCGGCUGGUCCGGCACCAGAGGAUCCACACCGGGGAGAAGCCGUACUGCUGCCCGGCCUGCGGCCGCAGCUUCAACCAGCGCUCCAUCCUCAACCGGCACCAGAAGACGCAGCACCGCCAGGAGCCCCCGGGGCAGCCACCUGGAGAUGAUGAGACAGUAGCUGGCUGUUUUUAUAUGAACGCUAAUUUAGGAAAAACAAAGAUGUGCAUGUUGGGGGCCAUGCAAGCACAAUGCAGCCAGUGCCAACAUUUUUGCCUCCAUAAUAAGGUCUUUAGGGCCCACAGUAGACAAAAAUAUUUGAAUGGAUGA